AUGGGCCCCAUGAACGUUAGCGUCGGAGUUGUUUUUAUGGUCGGGCGCGCCAAGAACAAAUUUGAACUAAAAAUUGUUCAAGAAGAAAGUGAAAAAUACCACGACAUUGUCCAGUCGCAUCUGGACGCGUUCAAGUUGGCGGCGCUGCGUGAUGUUGAUGGACGAAGGCCACGCUGGGGACGCGUAUGUCAGUUUGGGGAGGAUGAACGAGGAGUACACGCUCGCCAGCGCACACUCAGGGGCCCCCAGCGUUUUGAGUCUCCUCAGCAGGGAAACUACGGCGAUCACUACCGCCUGCUUACGUACAAGGGACUGGCCGGCCUCUACUGGAUCAAUAAACACUGUGCCCAUGUACCUUGGACUCUCCAUUCCGAUGACGACACCCACAUAGACAUUUUCCUGUACCACCGAGCCCUGCAACAGUUAGAUGCUGAGUCGGAGCCGAAGUUUGUAUGUAGCCACAUGAUGGGGCCCGCUCUUAGGGUUGGCCGGUACAAAGUAAGAUAUGAGGAAUACCCUGCCAAGGAAUAUCCGCUCUACUGCUCUGGCGGCGUGUGGUUCUUGCAUACUAAAUUCAUCAAACGGCUCUUGCUGGCCAAGAAGACUGUGCCAUAUUUGUGGGUGGACGACGCCUACAUCACAGGACUCCUAGCCAGGCGGGCGGGCAUCGGGCACCUUCCAUUCCAAAAAUAUUACGGGGGACCACAUGCUUAUCCGGAGAGGAUUGGUAAAGAGGUCGUCUGGUUUGUUAAAUUCGCUCCCCGUACAGAGUGGUGGCGAAACAUAGUUGAGUAUCACAAGAAAUAUUCCAUGAAUCAGCCUGCUACGCUAAUUCCGCGAACAUCCACGUAACAUAAUGCAAGGGAUUUUAUAGCAUUGCAAUGAAUGUGUCAUAUCAAUCACGUGAUAUCUAUUUUAAGUACCUCACAUUAUAUGACCAGUUCAAUUCCAUUAUACGAUUCUGUUCAGAAUAAUUUUAACCUCGAGUUUGUAUGUUCCCUUCCUAUAUUUAAAUUUUGUCAGCAGUCCUAUUUGCUUGCUUCUUAGCUUUUUCUUUAGAUCUUUUGUGAGGGUCGAAAUAUCUGAUACAUACUUUAAAACUAGCAGGAUACACCGAUUAUACCUUAACUCAAAAUCUCAACUGGAAACUUCAUAUCUCAUCUCUUACUAAAUCAGCUUCCUCGAGGCUGGGCGUUUUGUACCGUCUCCGCCAGUUCUUCUCCCCUGC